GCCCGGAAAGCUCCGAGGAGGAGCCUGGCGCCGCCAUUUUCCUGCAGCUGCCUGUCCCUCUCUCCCUGCCCGGCUCCAGCUGACCAGAGAAGGGGUGGGCUGAGCUGAGACGGGGGCAGAGGAGUGCCCCGGGCCGUGUCCGAUCCCGCGGGUGACAGCGAUCCGUUCGCUUGGGGCUCGCGGUGGCCGCGCUGGGCCCUGAGCCCCGCCCCAGGCCGGGAGGCGGGGAGGGAGCCCGUGGAGGGUGGGCAGGCAGGCCGGGGGUGCGGCGGCGGCGGCGGCGGUGGUGGGGGGGGGUCCCCCGGCGCUUGGGGGUCCCAGUCCCCGCCGGCUGCGGAGCGGGAGGGGCGGCGGAGGAGGUAACGCCGCCGAGAUGUCGGGGCAGAGUCUGACGGACCGGAUCACCGCCGCCCAGCAUAGUGUCACCGGCUCCGCCGUCUCCAAGACAGUAUGCAAGGCCACGACCCACGAAAUCAUGGGGCCCAAGAAGAAGCACCUGGACUAUUUAAUCCAGUGCACAAAUGAAAUGAAUGUGAACAUCCCCCAGUUGGCAGACAGCUUGUUUGAAAGAACUACUAACAGUAGUUGGGUGGUGGUAUUCAAGUCUCUCAUCACAACUCACCAUUUGAUGGUAUAUGGAAAUGAGCGCUUUAUCCAGUACUUGGCUUCAAGGAACACAUUGUUUAAUUUAAGCAAUUUUUUGGACAAAAGUGGCUUGCAAGGAUAUGAUAUGUCUACAUUUAUUAGACGAUAUAGUAGGUAUCUAAAUGAAAAAGCAGUUUCUUACAGACAAGUUGCAUUUGACUUCACAAAAGUAAAAAGAGGGGCUGAUGGAGUCAUGAGAACAAUGAACACAGAAAAACUCCUAAAAACUGUACCAAUUAUUCAGAAUCAGAUGGAUGCACUUCUUGAUUUUAAUGUUAAUAGCAAUGAGCUCACCAAUGGUGUAAUAAAUGCUGCCUUCAUGCUCCUUUUCAAAGAUGCCAUUAGACUCUUUGCAGCAUAUAAUGAAGGAAUUAUUAAUCUGUUGGAAAAAUAUUUCGAUAUGAAAAAGAACCAGUGCAAAGAAGGCCUUGACAUUUAUAAGAAGUUUUUGACUAGAAUGACAAGAAUCUCUGAGUUCCUUAAGGUGGCAGAGCAAGUUGGUAUUGACAGAGGCGAUAUACCAGAUCUUUCACAGGCUCCCAGCAGCCUUCUUGAUGCUUUGGAACAACAUUUAGCCUCUUUGGAAGGAAAAAAAAUCAAAGACUCAACAGCUGCAAGCAGGGCUACAACCCUUUCCAAUGCUGUCUCUUCUUUGGCAAGUACCGGCCUGUCUCUAACCAAAGUGGAUGAAAGGGAAAAGCAAGCAGCCUUAGAGGAGGAACAGGCUCGUUUAAAAGCUUUAAAGGAACAGCGUCUAAAAGAACUUGCAAAGAAACCUCAUACCUCUUUAACAACGGCAGCCUCUCCUGUAUCCACCUCAGCAGGCAGUAUAAUGACUGCACCAGCCAUUGACAUAUUUUCUACCCCUAGUUCUUCUAACAGCACAUCAAAGCUGCCAAAUGAUCUACUUGAUUUGCAACAGCCAAGUUUUCAUCCAUCUGUACAUUCUUUAUCAACUGCACCUCAGGUAGCAAGUACAUGGGGAGAUCCUUUUUCUGCUACUGUAGAUGCUGUUGAUGAUGCCAUUCCAAGUUUAAAUCCUUUCCUCACAAAAUCUAGUGGUGAUGUUCACCUCCCCAUUUCUUCAGAUGUAUCCACUUUUACUACUAGGACACCUACUCAUGAAAUGUUUGUUGAUUCUUUUUGUGGCCCUCAAGCUUAUCCUAAUACUACUCAUGUGCGCCAUGAGCCCUCUACUGUAGCCGGUCUAUUUGGAGGGUUUACUCCUUCUCCAGUUGCACAGCCACAACCUUCAGCUGGCCUUAAUGUUGACUUUGAGUCCGUGUUUGGAAAUAAAUCUACAAAUGUGAUUGUAGAUUCUAGCGGCUUUGAUGAACUAGGUGGACUUCUGAAACCAACAGUGGCCUCUCAGAACCAGAGUCUUCCCAUUGCCAAACUACCACCGAACAAGUUAGUGUCAGAUGACUUGGAUUCAUCCUUAGCCAACCUCGUAGGCAAUCUGGGCAUUGGAAAUGGAACCACUAAGAAUGAUGUAAACUGGAGUCAACCAGGUGAAAAGAAAUUAACUGGAGGAUCCAACUGGCAACCAAAAGUUGCACCUACAACUGCUUGGAAUGCUGCAACAAUGAAUGGCAUGCAUUUUCCACAAUACGCACCCCCUGUAAUGGCAUAUCCUGCUACAACACCAACAGGAAUGAUAGGAUAUGGAAUACCACCUCAGAUGGGAAAUGUACCUGUAAUGACACAACCAACAUUAAUAUACAGCCAACCUGUCAUGAGACCACCAAACCCCUUCGGCCCUGUUUCAGGAGCACAGCUAUCUGCAGCAUCCAGUCCCUCCAGUCACAGUCCUCACAGAGCUUCAGGAAAGGACCCUUUUGCAGAGCUCUCUUUGGAGGAUUUCUUAUAAAACACUUUAGAUACAGUUUAUGUAAUCCAGUGGAAGAGAAUGGAAUCGUUUGUUCCAAAAAGACAAGUGCUAAAGCAGCAAACCCCUACUUCCAGCAAGAUCCAAAUUGCUGUCUCAUAAACUCUCCUCUCUUCCAUUAGAAUGCUGCAGGAACCCAAUGAGGGGCCCAUGACAGCAAUUGGGACUAGUCUGUAGGAGAAAGCAUCAGUACAGUAUAAAGCCAAGAAUUGCCAUGAUUUUAAGACUAAGAUCUGUCUUUUUGGUGACUAACCCUUCAGUUCUUUCAACUCCUUAUUAAUACCCAUAAUCAGUAACCUAGCAAGAGAAGCCCUUAUUUGGAAAGUGUGAAAUUUGUAUUUGGAAAAGCUGUAUGGAAUGAAGAGCUGUGUGUGUCCUUGACUGUAAUUUAACAGGACUCUUUUCGGGGAUCAAAAUCAUAACUCUUAUGCAGUACCUUUCUUUUCAAUCUUCAAAUGUAGAAACAAUAACUAAAAUUAACUUUUCUUUUUAAAAAUUAUAUAUUCAGUUUGCAGUAGACAUUCCUUAUGUAUUUGUAUUUAUUUAUGAUUAUCAAUUUAAGUAACAUUAAUAUGGUAUCAAACCUCCUUAUGAAAAUGAGUAUGGAUGUAUACAGUAUGUUUGAUUUUUAUCCACAAGAAUGAUUCUGAUUCAGAAUGCUUUUCAGCUGACAUACAGAGCACUAAAUAUUUUACAGCAAGUCCAUAGAUAUGAAUCUCUUAGAAAUUCUCAGUCUGUAUGGGAAUUAGGGAAGAGUUAUGAAUGCAUUAAUCCAUAUAGUCAAUUCUGUGCCUAGAUUUUGCAAGGGAACAGUUCACUGACUAGGAAAAGCACUACAUUUUUAAUUCCACAUUAGUGCAUCUGGAAGGAACUUUAUUGCUUUGUGCUUGGCAUGUCAUUAUUCUACAUUUGACAUUAGGGCCUCUCCAAAAUGAAUGUGAGAAAUUGCUUUCACUUUAAAGACUUUCCUUCUUUUCAGUAAAACUCUAGGAGGUAUUAUGUGGGGGGAGGGCAAAAUCCUGGAAACCUUUCAUUUGGCUUGUGCCAGGUUUAUGAUCAUGUACCUUUUAAAUAAGGGGAAAUAGUGUCUUUACAGAUGUCUAGCAAGAGUUUAGUUAAUGGAGAAUUAAGCUGCACUGUUGAUCGGUGCUUUGUGUAAAUACAUCUUAACAUUUGGGUGAGAGGGGCCUUAAGAAGGACAGUCAGUAGUAGGAAAGCAAUUCUAUACAUGAGUUAAGCAUACUUGUUGCAUUGUCUCUGCAGAUUCUAUUUUUGUUUACAAUAUUAAAAUGUAUGUUAGCAAAAAUGGGUGGAUUUUCAAAUAAAAUGCAGCUUCCACAAAA